AUGAUUGCGCUACAGGCCACCUCUAUCAAGUCCAUCCGAGCUCUUGCUCCCCUCCUUGACCGUGUCCUCGUCCAGCGUGUCAAGGCCGAGACCAAGACCGCCAGCGGCAUCUUCCUGCCCGAGUCUAGCGUUGAGAAGCUCAACGAGGCCAAGGUCCUGGCCGUUGGCCCUGGUGCUAUGGACAAGAAGGGCAACCGACUACCCAUGGGUGUUACCGUCGGUGACCGUGUCUUGAUCCCUCAAUUCGGCGGCUCUCCCGUUAAGGCCGGCGAGGAGGAGUUCCAGCUCUUCCGCGACAGCGAGAUCCUGGCCAAGAUCAACGAAUAA